AACCAUUUCCUCUCUGCUGAGAGACAGGGGGAAAACGCAGGCGCGAGGCACACACACACUCACUCACACACGCACGCGCAUCCCUGCAGCAACCCUUUUGCUUUCCAGGACCAGCUGUUCGGUGGCGGAGGCACCGGGCAGGGGCUCAGGCAGCGGAGGCCCCAGUGGCUCACUUGCGCUGCUCCCAGCGGCCCUGCUCAGAGCCCCGCUCCGCACUGGUCCUGGUCCUGAGAGUGAGGCCCGGGCACCCCGCGUUGCUGCCUGCCUCGCCAGUGAUUUCUGUUCUCUUCGCCUCCUCCUCCUCCCAGGAAGACGGCGCGCUCACGACUCUGGACUCUCGCUGGUGCCCCUGCUUCCUCCCCGGGAUGGGCAGCUCCGAAGGCUUCAGCUCAGGCCUGGCCCUGCUCCAGGUGCAGGAAGGAGGGUAAGGAGGGCCGCGAGGCGGGCGCCCCCGCACCUGUCGCAUGGGCCUUCCUGACGCCUCCAAGCAUGAGCGGUGAUGUCCUCUAGCCACCCCUGGUGACAGCAGCUGACCGACUGGGACUGGGACUUUCUCCACGACAAGGGGACGGCACUGCAGUCCGCGAUGACUGUCCAGAAAGUGGUGGCCACGGCCGUGCUGGUGGCCCUCGUCUCUCUCAUUCUCAACAACGCAGCGGCCUUCACCCCCAACUGGGUGUACCAGACGCUGGAGGAUGGGCGCAGGCGGAGCGUGGGGCUGUGGCGGUCCUGCUGGCUGGACAGGGCCAGGGGAGGGCCGAGCCCGGGGGCCAGGCCCGGGCAGGCGGACAUGAGGGACUGCGAGGCCCUGGGCUGGGGCUCCGAGGCGGCGGGCUUCCAGGAGUCGCGAGGCACCGUCAAACUGCAGUUCGACAUGAUGCGAGCCUGCAACCUGGUGGCCACGGCGGCACUUGCCGCGGGCCAGCUCACCUUCAUCCUGGGACUGACGGGCCUGCCCCUGAUGUCGCCCGAUUCCCAGUGCUGGGAGGAGGCCAUGGCCGCUGCGUUCCAGCUGGCAAGUUUUGUUCUGGUCAUCGGGCUGGUGACGUUCUACAGAAUCGGCCCGUACACCAGCCUGUCCUGGUCUUGCUACCUGAACAUCGGGGCCUGCCUGCUGGCCACCCUGGCCGCGGCCAUGCUCAUCUGGAACGUCCUGCACAGGAGGGAGGACUGCAUGGCCCCCCGCGUCAUCGUCAUCAGCCGCUCCCUGACCGCACGCUUCCGCCGCGGGCUGGACAACGACUACGUGGAGUCGCCGUGCUGAGGGCGGCGGGAGGCCGCUCGGGGCUCCGUCCACCGCAGGGACCAUCUGGGAAGCAGGGCGCUGCCUGCGCGGCUUCCCAUGAGAGCACAUGUACGACACAAAUUCACUACGUUAUACACGAACACAGGGCGUGACCACAUACCGGCUGCGUCCCACCCCCACCCCCCCAACCCCGCCACGGCCCGCUUCACGCUCGCGCAUGUCCUGUCCUGGAGACCAGCUCCGGAGAGGCACGUCCGGGAUGGCAGCCGCCUCGCUCUCCGCCCUGGCCCGGGAAUAAUUUAUUCUGUAUCUGCCAAGAGGGGCGUCCUGGGUCAUAUUUACUUUGAUAAAGCAGAACACAGGGAAGAGUUCUGAACUGUCCGUGAUCUUCCUCCAGGGACUCAGAAUUUACAGUCAGAUGGUUACGGUUUUACAACAGGAUUGUGUUAGUGAUGUCCAUUUACUCCAGAUUAUCUUCCUAAGUUAAAAUAAAACACAAACCUCUUA